AUGUUGGAACGAUGUGAACGAAUCGUUGAAUUUAGGACCGGAAAUGAUAGAAGAGACUACCAACAAGGUGAAGUUGAUUCAAGAGCGUAUGAAAGCAGCUUAAGAUCGACAAAAAUCGUAUGCCGAUCAAAGGAGACGAGAUUGGAAUUUGUAGUUGGAGAGAAAGUGUUGCUGAAAGUUUCACCAACCAAGGGAGUAAUGAGGUUCGGUAGGAAAGGAAAGCUAAGUCCUUGUUAUAUUGGACCCUAUGAGAUAUUGGAAAGAAUUGGACAAGUGGCUUAUAGGUUAGCCUUACCUACAGAAUUAGCCAAGGUUCAUAAUGUUUUUCAUGUGUCUCAACUUCGUAAAUACAUCUCUGACCCCUCCCAUGUUAUUCAACCUGAAACCAUUGAACUAGAUGAGACCCAUACUUUUGAAGAACGUCCUGUUAGAAUCCUUGAUUCCAAAACGAGAAAUACCCGAAACAAGGCAAUAAAGUUAGUUAAGGUUUUAUGGUCUAAUCAUCAAACCGAGGAAGCAACGUGGAAAACAGAAGACGGAAUGAGAAAGUGUUAUCCUGAACUCUUUUCUGAGGUACGAUUAUCGAGUUUCGGGGACGAAACUUCUUAA